AUGGUGGGACCAAGACGUGGCUUUACACUGCUCAGCAUUAGUCUCGUAGCGUUCUGUACCACGCUUGUCUACCUUUACAGCGCCCCGAGAGCCGUAAGAUGGCGCAGGUUCCCCAACACUGUGGGCUCGAACCUGCACAACGACGAUAACAAUUCAAAUCCCUCUUCGGAGUCCGACUACUCGGUCAGUCAUGCCGAUGCCAGCCCGAGCUAUGCCAUCCCUUCCUACACGCGCCAUCUCGUUGUUGCCAAGAUGAAAGAUGAGGAUGCGGGUUGGUUGUAUAACGAGGACUUGGCCGGCGCAAUAGUCAAGGUAUACAUACCGGACGACAAGUCCGCGGCCCUGACAGUACCAAAGAACAAAGGGCACGAAGCUAUGGUCUACCUGUCGUACAUUAUUGACCACUAUGACAAUCUGCCCGACAUCGCCAUCUUCAUGCACGCGCAUAGAAACUCAUGGCACCAAGCUGGUUUGCUUGAACACGACGGGCCAGAAACUGUCCGGCGCCUAUCCUCGGCACGAGUGACACGCGAGGGUUACAUGAACUUGCGCUGUGAGUGGGAUCCCGGCUGUCCAGCGUGGAUGCACCCGGGGGUUGUCGACAAGGACUCGCUAAGGGUGGAAGAACCCGUCAUGGCCCAAGCCUGGACAGAAUUAUUCCCUGGUAUCGCUCUACCGGAAGUCGUAGCUCAGCCCUGCUGUGCGCAGUUCGCCCUAUCCAAAGCUCGCAUCCAGUCCACUCCGCGUGAGAAGUUCGUUUUCUACCGCGAGUGGCUACUCAAAACCAAGCUGCUCGACGACGUCUCCGGUCGUGUCUUUGAGUACCUCUGGCAGGCCAUCUUCACUAAGAAUGCGACUUUCUGCCCAGACAUGUACAGCUGCUACUGUGAUGGCUAUGGUGUCUGUUUCAGGGACAACAAGGAUUUUGAUUACUGGUUUGAACUUCGGUACAAGAAGCAUAUGAAGCAGCAGCAACUAGACGAAUGGCGUCAUAAGGCUUCCGUGGUUGACCGAUACCAGCAAACUGCAGAUCCGGGCACCAUCGAGAGUCUCGAGCUCGAAGUGCCUCCCGCGGGUCGCGACAUUGAGCUGACGACCGAGAUCGAUUCACUUGCACAACUUAUGGAAGACGGCCGGCAGAAAGCGCUCGCAAGAGGCAAGGACCCGGCCGUUAGAGCAGGGGCUGCUGGCAGGAAUUGGACGGAGGGUGACGGUUUCUGA